AUGGAAGUAAACACGCGCCCCGGCCCCCCAUCCCCUCCAGCUGCGGGCGAUGACUGGCCAUAUGGAGACGGCUUCCCAAAUAAAGAAGUCGAAGCCGACAUGAGGGCCAUAGAGCAGGCCGAAAGCUUCUGGGCUACAUACGCAGACCCCGACACGAGGAAUGAAAAGUACAAGGUCCGGUUCCGCGACGCACUCGCUAAGCAUAUCGCGCGGUUGGAGGAGCUAUGGGAAGCUGUAGCUUCAUACAACGCGGGAAAUUUCUCUUACACGUCGCGAGGCACAACAAUGGACACCAUACUGCGGGAUCCCGAAACCCCUAGCUUGUGGGAAGGGCUUAUUGCCGAGCAAGAGGCAAAAGACGAGAGCGAUGACACUACGGAACCGCUCCAUAAGCUGGAGCAGAAGCUUCGUCGGAUUGCGCUGACUGGCAUCCACGUGGGCAACCUCACCAAGAAGCACACCAAGACUGAGGAGGCAGCUGGAGGACCUGACAUUCGGAAGCCCGUGUACGCUUCAUGA